CGGGGGACGUGCGCGCCCUCCGUGCGGGCGGCUGUCGGGAUGGGCCGCGCCGGGCGGAGCUGAGGCUGGCGGCGAGGUGCGAAGAGCCGGCCAGCAUGACCAACUCCUCCUCCGCGUCCACGUCCUCCACCACCGGGGGCUCGCUGCUGCUGCUCUGCGAGGAAGAGGAGUCGUGGGCGGGCCGGCGCAUCCCCGUGUCCCUGCUGUACUCGGGGCUGGCCAUCGGGGGCACGCUGGCCAACGGCAUGGUCAUCUACCUCGUGUCGUCCUUCCGAAAGCUGCAGACCACCAGCAACGCCUUCAUCGUGAACGGCUGCGCCGCCGACCUGAGCGUGUGCGCCCUCUGGAUGCCGCAGGAGGCGGUGCUCGGGCUGCUGCCCGCCGGCGCGGCGGAGCCCCCCGCGGGCUGGGACGGCGCGGGCGGCAGCUACCGCCUGCUGCGGGGCGGGCUGCUGGGCCUGGGGCUCACCGUGUCCCUCCUGUCCCACUGCCUGGUGGCCCUGAACCGCUACCUGCUCAUCACCCGGGCGCCCGCCACCUACCAGGCGCUGUACCAGCGGCGCCACACGGCGGGCAUGCUGGCGCUGUCCUGGGCGCUGGCGCUGGCGCUCGUGCUGCUGCUGCCGCCCUGGGCCCCGCGGCCCGGCGCCGCGGCCCCGCGCCUGCACUACCCCGCGCUGCUGGCGGCCGCCGCGCUGCUGGCGCAGACGGCGCUGCUGCUGCACUGCUACCUGGGCAUCGUGCGCCGCGUGCGCGUCAGCGUCAAGCGGGUCAGCGUCCUCAACUUCCACCUGCUGCACCAGCUGCCCGGCUGCGCCGCCGCCGCCGCCGCCUUCCCGGGCGCCCCGCACGCCCCGGGCCCCGGCGGCACGGCGCACCCGGCGCAGGCCCAGCCCCUGCCGCCCGCGCUGCAGCCCCGCCGGGCGCAGCGGCGCCUCAGCGGCCUGUCGGUGCUGCUGCUCUGCUGCGUCUUCCUGCUGGCCACGCAGCCGCUGGCCUGGGUGAGCCUGGCCAGCGGCUUCUCGCUGCCCGUGCCCUGGGGCGUGCAGGCGGCCAGCUGGCUGCUGUGCUGCGCCCUGUCGGCGCUCAACCCGCUGCUCUACACCUGGAGGAACGAGGAGUUCCGCCGCUCCGUGCGCUCCGUCCUGCCCGGCGUCGGGGACGCGGCCGCCGCCGCCGCCGCCGCCACGGCGGUGCCCGCGGUGUCCCAGGCGCAGCUGGGCACCCGCGCCGCCGGCCAGCACUGGUGA